GUGCUUUAUCGCCAUCCAUCUGCCGGCUGCUUCCAUUUCCCUGGGAACAGUGUCAGUUAUCCCUUCAUGUUCUCCGAGCUGAAGCGCUAUUCGGUUUUGUCUCUUUACACCUGCGCUCUUUUCUUUUCCGUCCCACUUUCUCUCGUUAUCUGGUUCGUUCGUCGUGAGCUUUGUACCGAAACUUCCGUCGCUGGCGAGAAGCAGCUCGGUGGAAUAGAAUUUAAAAAGAAACUUCCUUCCUCCAACGAGUCCGCUUGCCCCGAUGUCCAGCUCCACAUUGAAUAA